CAUCCAAAAUAACAAAAGUAUAACAAAGCUUGCAGACUGCAAGAACAGCCGCUGAUGCAGCACUGGAUGUACUGGGACUGGCUUUAACAGGCGGCUGUUCCAUCGCUGGAACUUAUGAGACUUCACUGUGAGUGACCGCAUUGCGUUUUUCGUGGUGAUUUUCGUUUUGUCCUGAAUCAUUCCACUGAUUUGACUGAGAAAGUCUGAUCUUGAGGCAGGUUAAUGGUAAUGUGACUGUCCUAGGCGAGAGAAAACUUUCUGGUCCUGUCCCAGAUUGCUUUGCGAGUUGUAUGCCUUCAUGGUUGCGCAAGGAUUAAAACAGCACACAGCUGGCAAAUAAGGAAGGAAGCGUGCACUAACUUUUAUUUUGGUACUUUUUUUUUACAUUUAAAAGAACAGAAUAGGACAUUGUGCAGUUUCGGCCUGGGAGAAGUUGUGAACAGAGGGGUGCAGAGGCUGCCUGGCAGAAGCGCAAUUACGCGUGCGGUUGCGCGUCUGUCCUGAAUGCUGUAAAUAGAGCUGUUCUCAGCACUAAAAUCAGAUCGGACUGCAUGCAUAUGUGUUAAGCUCUUCACCAUACAAGCAUCACUUUUCUCGCAUGGACUGACAUGGCCACGGACCUCGCCAUGAGCGCAGACCUACCCAACAGCCCGCUGGCUAUCGAGUACGUCAAUGACUUCGACCUCAUGAAGUUUGAGGUGAAAAAAGAGCCACCCGAAGCCGAACGCUAUUGCCACCGUUUACCACCGGGAUCCCUGUCUUCCACCCCUAUUAGCACUCCGUGCUCCUCUGUGCCUUCAUCGCCCAGCUUUUGCGCACCGAGUCCUGGCGCGCAGCCCGGCCAGAAUCUGAGCGUCAAUAGCACCAACACUAACAGCAGCGGCAGCAACGCCGGCAACAACAACAACAACAACACUCAGUCCUCCACGGGGAAACCCCAACUUGAGGACUUUUACUGGAUCCCUAACUACCAGCACCACAUCAGCCCAGAGGCGUUGAACCUCACCCCGGAGGACGCAGUGGAGGCGCUGAUAGGCAACGCGCAUCACCAUCACCACCACCAUCACAGCCAUCAGCCGUACGAUAACUUUCGCAACCAGCAGUACGUCGGAGAGGAGCUGACGACCUCCUCGGGCGGCUACCACCACGCCGUACACCCCCACCACCAUCACCACCACAGCCACCACCCGCACGCCCGGCUGGAGGACCGCUUCUCCGACGAUCAGCUGGUCAGCAUGACCGUGCGUGAGCUGAACCGGCAGCUGCGGGGCUUCAGUAAGGAGGAGGUGAUCCGCCUGAAGCAGAAGCGGCGCACGCUGAAGAACCGCGGCUACGCUCAGUCCUGCCGGUACAAGCGCGUCCAGCAGCGGCACAUGCUGGAAACCGAGAAGUGCACUCUGCAGAGCCAAGUGGAACAGCUCAAGCAGGACGUGGCGAGACUCGCCAAGGAGAGGGACAUGUACAAGGAGAAGUACGAGAAGCUCGCAAGCCGAACCUUCACCGGCGCCAACAGCAAUGUCAACCGGGACCCGUCCAGCGCCAAUCACGCCAAAGCCCCCUCGGAUUUCUUCAUAGUGUACGCCUCGUGAUCUGGGUGAAAGUCGAAGGUGCACUUGGAGAACGAGAGAAAAAGGAAGACGGAGGGAUGGAAAACGAGAGUGGAAGAGGAAGAGCUUCUGUGUUCUCUGGCGUC